UAACCAAUUGAACGUUUGGAAAAGGACUGAAUCCCACCAAUGCCGCGUUGAAUUGUGGGAAUAAAUCCUAACAACUACAACAAACGGGCUUGUUUAAAAAACUGUUAGAAGAAGAGGAAAACGGUUUUGUUUAGACGAUAAGUGCUUCUUUUUAAAGCCAGUUUAUCGCGUGGAGAGAAAAUGGAAAACGUUCAUUUAGCAGUGGAGGACGAAGAUCUUUAUUCGGGUUACAACGACUUUAAUUCAACGUUUUUCACAGAGGAGUUGGAGAAUGAUAUAGGCUUCCAGCAGGCACUGCGGACAAGCCAAGGAAGAAGACCUCUGAUGACUGCAAAGUUGCCAGGUACUGCCAUUGGAGGUCGACCUUUAGCUUCAUCUUUUGGAUCUCGGGUCCCUUUGGCAUCAUCAGCAGGCAGACCUGUGACUGGAGCUGUGCAGGAAGGAGCUGCUCGUCCGAUGACUUCUAUCAGAGCUGCAGGUUACACGUCCACCAUGAUGCGUGGUUCAACAUUUGACACACUGGGCCAGCACAGGGGCCCCGCACCUCCUCUUGAAGGAAAGAAUGAGGACGCGCCCGAGGAGAAGAUCAAAAUCAUGGAGAAGAAAGUCAAUGACCUGAUAGAGGAGAGUUGCAUGGCUUACAGCAGUGGCGCCUCACAGUUGGCUCUUGAAAAGGCCAAAGAGGCGAGGAGAAAGGAGCAGGCGCUCGUCAGGCAGAGGGAACAGUCUGGUACUGCGGAUCAUAUUAAUUUAGACCUAACCUACUCUGUUUUGCUCAACCUUGCAAACCAGUAUGAACACAACGAAAUGUACCCAGAAGCCCUGAACACCUACCAGGUCAUCGUGAAGAACAAGAUGUUUAAUAAUCCAGGCCGUCUGAAAGUCAACAUGGGCAACAUUUACUUCCAGCAGAAGAACUACCCAAAAGCCAUCAAGUUCUAUCGCAUGGCAUUGGAUCAGAUCUCCAACGCUCACAAAGAAAUGAGGAUCAAGAUCAUGCAGAACAUCGGGGUGGUGUUUUUGCGGAUGGGCCAGUAUUCAGAUGCCAUCACGUCCUUUGAGCACAUUAUGAGAGAGAGUCCCAACAUCACAACGGGCUACAACCUUGUGCUGUGCAACUACGCCACUGGAGACAGGGAGGGGAUGAAGAAGGCCUUUCAGAUGCUCAUUUCUGUUCCUCUGGGAAUAGAUGACGAGGACAAAUACAUUCCAGCCACUGAUGACUCUAGCACAAAUAUGGUCAUUGAUGCCAUUAAGAAUGAUAAGCUUUACCAAAUGGAAAGAGACAAAAAAGCCCAGGCAGAGAAGUACAUCAUGACCGCAGCCAAGCUCAUCGCCCCGGCCAUUGAGACCUCGUUUGCCAGUGGAUUUGACUGGUGUGUGGAUAUGGUGAAGGCUUCUCAGUAUGUUGAGCUUGCCAACGAUCUGGAGAUCAACAAAGCCAUUACAUACCUCAGACAGAAGGACUUCAACCAGGCAGUGGAAACACUGAAGACUUUUGAGAAAAAGGACAGCAGAGUGAAGAGCGUUGCAGCUACAAAUCUCUCCUUCAUCUAUUUCCUGGAGAAAGAUUACGACCAAGCUGAUCGAUACGCAGAUCUUGCUAUGAACGCUAACCGCUACAACCCUGCUGCUCUCGUCAAUAAGGGAAAUACAGUGUUUGUCAAGCAGGAUUAUGAAAAGGCUGCAGAGUUCUUCAAAGAAGCUCUGAAGAAUGAUUCCUCCUGCACUGAAGGCCUUUACAACCUGGGUUUGACCUAUAAGAGACUGAACCGCCUUGAAGAUGCCCUGGACUGCUUCCUGAAGCUUAAUGCCAUUCUGAGGAACAGUGACCAAGUCAUGUGUCAGAUAGCUGACCUCUAUGAGCAGCUGGGAGAUCUACAGCAGGCAAUCGAGUGGCUGAUGCAGGUCAUCAGCGUGACUCCCACUGACCCACACAUUCUCGCAAAGCUGGGAAAGCUGCACAACGAUGAGGGAGAGAAGUCCCAGGCUCUACACUAUUAUUCUGAGUCUUUCAGGUACUUUCCCUCCAACAUCAACGUGAUCACAUGGCUGGGUGCUUACUACUUGGAUACCCAGUUCUGUGAGAACGCCAUUCAGUAUUUUGAAAGAGCCACUCUGAUACAACCCACCCAGGUGAAGUGGCAGCUGAUGGUGGCAAGCUGCUACAGAAGAAGCGGAAACUACCAGAAAGCUCUGGAAACCUAUCAAAACAUCCACCGCAAGUUUCCAGACAAUGUCGAAUGCCUGCGUUUCCUGGUGAGGUUAUCUACUGAUAUGGGUCUGAAGGAGGUCCAAGAUUAUGCCACCAAGCUGAAGAAGGCGGAGAAGACGAAGGAAAUCCAAGAGCAGAGGGUGAGGUCGGGGCGAGAGAGCAGCUCCAGAGGUCGCAGAGGAAGCAGAGAAGGCAGCGCUGGCAUCUCCACUCCCGUCCUUACCUCUCCUAUGAAGUCCAGCAUUACGGAAGACGUUAAAGCAGUGUCUCAGCCAGAAUCCAAACUGUUCAGUCCACUGUUGGACUCUGGGAGAGACAGCAGCAACAGCUCCAGAGGAGAGCGGCGCAGCGGCAAAAACAUUUCACUUCCUGCUUCCAAUGAGCCUUAUGAGAGCAGCAGCCCAAAGGAACUUGAUGCAUACUAUGUGGACCCGCUGGGGCCUCUUAUGGAGAGACCAAAAACAGGAGCAAAGAGAGUCGUGGAAGAAGACUUCGCUGAUGAAGAUAUUGGAGACGACCUUCUGCCAGAGUAGAUGGAUCUGCUCUGUUCUGUAAUGAACUUUUCCAGAUUGUUUAAGGCUCUUCAGGCCAGUUUAUAUGUUCAGAAAUUCACACAUUCAAGUGUUUUUAGACCAGAUGUGUGCGAAGCAGCAUUCUUAUACUUAAGUUGUGGAUUAAUUCAAAAUAAAAUAAAGGUUUUUCUCUAUUUAUAUGGGUUGAAUAAUGUGACAGACUGGCGACCUGUCCAGGGUGCCCCCUGCCUUUGCCCACAAGUGGCCGGGAUAGGCUCCGGUGGGAUAGGCUCCGGCAGCCCCGUGACCCCGAAAGGGAAUAAACAGAAGAAGAAGAUGAAUGUUAUCAUUGUUCUAGUUUUUUAUAACUGUAUCAACUCGACUGGUAAAUCACUUGUAGAGGGGGAGCAAGUGCUGACCUACCAACUGACUGACUGAGUAGGAAAGUCAUCUGUACUCCAUACACCGCAAGACCCCAGAAUAUCUUUAAGAAUGUAUUAUUAGUAGUUUCUGAGAUUCACACAGUCUCUUACUCGCAAGAAAAUCGCUGAGUACACACACAAUAAGUGUACAACAUGACCGUCAGUUCCCUCACUCUUUGUACAGGAUUUCACAUUUCCCAGGAGUCUUAGUGGAUCUAAGGUAGCCCAGGUCACUAAAUUUGUAUUAUCUUUUAUAAAUGAUUAUUUACAUGUAUAACUGUUCAAAUAAAACAUUGUUAUUUUCCCCUAA